AUGAUCAUGAAAGGCAAGAUUUUUAGAAAAGAUGACGACGCUAACGAAGAAGCAAUAUAUAAAAUUCUUGGAUCGCACCCUCGCAUUGUCCAUUAUCUCGGUACAGACGAUCACACAGGAGAAAUUAUGCUCCCACUACUUCAAAAUGGCGACCUGUUCUCUUAUCUGAUUUCUCACACCAACAUACCAAUUGCCGCUCGGUUGACUUGGGCCGUCGAGAUUGUCCAAGGUCUCGCCCACCUCCACGCUCGCGACGUUAUUUGGGCCGACCCUCAUCUUUGCAACAUUCUUUUGACUGACGAAUACCAUGUUGUUCUCUGUGACUUUGGACUGUCUAUUCACAACGCACCCUAUUAUUACAAGUUCGCCAGAGGUCCGCCACCAAUAUACCUCUGUCCAUUGGGAUACUACGGUGAAUCGCCAAGGCGUGUGGAUAUUUUUGGACUAGGCAUCAUUCUUUUUGUGCUCCUCUCCGAAAGGUUUCCGUUUCUUGAGGACCUCAAGCCGUCAAUUCAUCAGCAAUUCGAAGUCCUGCAGGAGCAUCACCGGAUCUGUCUCAAUGGCGGCUCUUUUGACAUGUUGUCCCCAUCCUUGCACCCGUAUUUUGGCGAUAUCGUUGCUAAAUGCUUCAACAUCAAAUACCAAUCAGCAGAUGUGUUACUGACAGAACUCCAAGCUGCAUUUUCGAAAUGGUGGGAAGAUAACAUCGAGAACAUUCACGAUGUCCCUUCGAGCGUCGCGGUAAAUUAUCCCCAGAAGCCGGUAUAUUUGCCGAUUGAAGUAGUGCAGCACAAGGUAUACACCCCUGAGCCCUGGGUUCCACAAGCGAAUAAUGGUGACGACGAAUAUGGCUAUGAAAACUGA